AUGUAAUUUCUUGAGAAAAAAGACAGCAAGAGCUCAAAAACGCAGAAAAGCGAAGGAGCGGAUUCAUUCAUCUGAAUCAUCACCAAGAUUUCCUCUUUCGUAUUGAUUAUUUCUUUCUAAGAAUCGAGAUCACGAUGACGAAACAGCAAGCGAAUUGGUCGCCUUACGACAACAAUGGAGGGACUUGUGUUGCAAUUGCUGGAGCUGAUUACUGUGUGAUUGCGGCCGACACUCGGAUGUCCACUGGCUACAGUAUUCUUACUCGCGAUUACUCCAAAAUUAGUCAGCUAGCGGACAAAUCCGUGAUGGCCUCUUCAGGUUUUCAGGCUGAUGUGAGAGCUCUGCAAAAAGUCUUGGCAGCAAGACAUUUGAUUUAUCAGCAUCAACAUAACAAGCAAAUGAGCUGUCCUGCAAUGGCUCAAUUGCUAUCUAACACCCUGUACUACAAACGUUUCUUCCCCUAUUAUGCUUUCAAUGUCUUGGGUGGCCUUGACAAUGAAGGAAAGGGCUGUGUCUUCACAUAUGAUGCUGUUGGAUCUUAUGAAAGGGUGGGAUACAGCUCUCAAGGUUCUGGUGCUACUCUUAUCACACCCUUUUUGGACAACCAGUUGAAGUCUCCAAGUCCUCUUUUAUUACCUGCAAAGGAUGCGGUUACUCCACUUUCAGAGUCCGAAGCCAUUGACUUGGUGAAAACUUGUUUUGCAUCAGCGACAGAAAGAGACAUAUACACGGGAGACAAGCUUGAGAUAGUCAUAUUGAAUGCCAGUGGUCUACGUCGUGAGUAUAUGGAGCUCCGAAAAGAUUAGUCCUUGUUCCCUGUUUCUUCUACCUCAGCUGUCCAGCAUGCCUGCUUGGGGUAGUUUGCUGGAUUAUUUGUGUUCUCAGGGCUCAUCAGCUACAUUUUUCUUUUUACCUCUGAUCGGAUCUGCUUUUGCUUAGAUCUUUGUCUGUGGUAUAUGUAAGAAUUGCUGAUUCAUAAUCAGAUUUCUUGAAAUUUUUUAAACCAUUACGUUAUGAAGGUCACAUUUUAAUC